CUGGGGCCUUUUUUUUUUUGGUCAAUUGAGAAGAACUGCCUAAUUACAUUUGCAGCUUGGCCAGUUUUUGUUGCAUGCCAUACAAGUACCCUGUUGAUGCAGGCAGAACCAUCAGCCGGAAUCCAUCCCAGCCCAACCUCAGAUGCCAUCACAUCCACAUCCAUCCAAGCUCGGUCUCGUGGCAUCCCCUCAUUUGAGUUAGGUUGCUAAGCAUUUGAUUGAGGAAACCUUAAAACCCCGACCCUCGAAAGCUUAAACCCUGCAAGCGCUCGUCGCCGACCUCAGUAGCACUUGUCAUCCCCCCUCGCAUCUCGAGAGCCUCUUUCAUCCAACUCUCCCGACAAUAAAUCGCUCCGGAAGCAUAUCAAACAACUGACUCCGUUCAUCCCGAAUAAUCGCAUGCCUCCGUCAUCAGCAGAGCCCCCAACCGCUUCUGCCGCGAACGCCGCGCGCAAUGUAUCGAUAGACGAGUCGCGGCGACAUGGGCGCAAGGACCCUAACCAGAACGAACAGUCCCCGCUGCUGUCACCUCAGGAUGACGAGGUCGACUCCUUCAUGGCCCGACGCGAGUCGGCCAUCGAGGAUGACGAUGACGACGAUGAGAUCGAUCCAUUCGAGACAACAAAGAGCGUUUGGUACCUCAUCCUGCUGACCAUUAGCAUCGGUGGCUUGCAAAUAGCCUGGUCCGUCGAGCUUUCCAAUGGCUCGCCCUAUCUGCUCUCUCUCGGUCUGAGCAAGUCCCUGAUGGCACUGGUCUGGAUCGCUGGUCCGCUGUCCGGGACCCUGGUGCAGCCAUAUGUGGGAAUGCUCAGUGACAACUGCCGUAUCAGCUGGGGGAAACGGAAGCCCUUUAUGCUUGUCGGCGCCGCCGCUACCAUUACUUCGCUCCUAUUCUUGGCCUGGACCAGGGAGAUUGUUGGUGGCAUUCUUGGUUUGUUCGGCGCCUCUCCAGAUUCUGAUGGGGUCAAGACAACCAUAAUCGUAGUUGCCGUGCUGUGGGUUUAUAUUCUGGAUUUUGCCAUCAAUACAGUGCAAGCUGCAAUUCGAGCAUUUAUAUUGGAUUGUGCUCCAUCUCAUCAACAAGAGGCUGCCAAUUCCAUGGCGAGCAGGAUCACGGGCGUUGGAAACAUCGUAGGCUAUGUUGCUGGUUUCGUGAACCUGCCAAAGAUUACUUGGUGGCUCGGAAAGACGCAGUUCCAGGAUCUGUGUGCAAUUGCCAGCAUCGCUCUCGGGGUCACCGUCAUUAUCAGCUGCAUUUUCAUACCAGAGCGUGAUCCCAGACUCGAGGGCCCACCGCCAAGAGAUCAACCCGGCGUCUUGUCGUUCUUUACCAAGAUCUUUACGUCGAUAAAACGCCUGCCCCCGGUGACCAAAAGGGUUUGCCAGGUGCAGUUUUGCGCCUGGGUUGGUUUCUUCCCAAUGCUUUUCUACACAUCGGCAUAUAUUGGUGAGAUCUAUGUACAGCCGUUCUUGCGCGACAAUCCGAACAUGACUCCCAAGGAGCUCGAUGAGCUAUAUGAGCGUGCCACUCGGGUGGGAACCUUUGCUCUGUUGAUCUACUCAAUCACAAGCCUGAGCACAAACGUCUUCCUGCCUUUUUUCAUUCAACCUACAUACGACGCAGCGCCAUUGGUAUCGGCAGAUGCGCCUGGCGAGGGGCCGUCGGUGCUCGCUAACGCCAAGAACGCUAACGGCAACAGUCGGUCGUGGCUCGAUCGCCUGGUCAUUCCUGGCUUUACGCUUCGUCGUGCCUGGAUGUUCUCCCACAUACUGUUUGCAUUUAGCAUGGGCUGUACUGUCCUUGUUGAAUCAGUCGAGGCAGCCACGGUGCUCAUCGGACUGGUUGGUAUCACGUGGGCCCUGACGCUGUGGGCCCCAUGGUCUUUGAUAUCUUCGGAGAUAUCGAGGCGUGAUGCAGUCCUGCGAGCCCAACAGAAGCGCCGCGGGCUUAACGUGGAUCAGAGUUAUGAUGAGGACGAAACGCCUUCAUCCGAAACCAGUUCGGGUCAGCUAGAAGCGGAAAGAGACGAGCAGGUGGCGGACCAGGCUGGUAUCAUCCUUGGCAUACACAACAUGGCCAUCGCAGCACCGCAGAUCAUCGCGACGGUCGGAUCCAGUAUUAUCUUCAAGUUCUUCCAGAAACCGCGUGGCACUCCAGGAGAUCGUAGCAUAUCCAUCGUCAUGGCCCUUGGAGGCAUCACGGUUCUGGGUGCUGCAUGGCUUGUGCAUCGCAUCGAUGACGACGUUGCCGUGCCAGCAGAUGAGCUCUCUGGCAUCAUGGAAGCAGGUGCCAGUGAUGGUAUCCUAACCGGCGGACCACCGAGGCCAUCCCUCAGCCAGAGGACGUCUUUCUCAUCGACGCGUCCGUCCUUCUCGCGCAGUCGAAACCAGAGCACGGAGUCGCUAUCGCGAUACAGCCAGGAGAGAGCAGCAUUGGUUAGGGCUAGCAGUUUCGGUGGUGCUGAAUACUAGGUCUAGCCUAUCUAUGUCACUACAGUUAGCCGUUGGAUGGGGUCAAUCUCUUGCACAAGCCCGUUUUUUUUUUCUUCUUCUUUUCUUUUCUCUUUCUCCUUGCCAAAAGUGUCUUGCCGAUUUGAACUCUUGUUGUUGCAUCGUCCUACUGUGGUAGAGGCUGGAAUUUGAUAUAUAACCUUAUAGGUAACAUGUGUUUCCUUGUCUUUUUUGUCUCUUAGCGUGGGUGCAUGAUGAGAUUUGAACUGCUGGCUGACGAUCAAAGACAGCUUAGCUUGAUUCAUUGAAAUAAAUACCUAGGUACCUGAACACUGAUUCUUUGAGCACCGAAACUUUGGUUGAAGAGGCAGGUUGACUCUACAUCAAGUAGGCAGCCGACAGGCUCGCCAAAGACAGUAUAGGCCGUCAACCCUAUGUCAUGUAACAUGCGUAGAUUUAUUUGCAAGGGAAAGCCUGCG